UGACUAUUUUUCCAACUUUACCCUCAAUAAAUGAUGCUAAUCUAUUUUUAUUUAGUCUUGUUUGUAGUUUCAAUAUAAUUAAUGAGAGGUAAAAAAGAUAUUUAACACAUAAAUUAAUUGUUAGAUGAUUAUUUCCUUAAUUUAUGUGCCAAGUCUAAAAACACUUACAUUUUGAAAUUGAGGGAGUGUCAUUUAUCUUAGGUUCAGUAUUCUUAAUCCUUUUUGGAAAUGAAGCCUUAUAUAAUUUGGUUAAUUGUUAAACGCUCUGAGAUGGUUAUGGUUCGAUCAAUUUUCAGGCCAUACCGUUUGAUUUUGCAUUUCUUUCACAAAAAUUACAGAAAUUGAAUUAGUAAUAGAACAAAAAAUAAUUUAUUAGUAUUUAUUUAAAAAUAAAAAGACAGAAAAUGCUCAACAAUAAAAGCACGCCCAGAAAUUUGAUAAAAAAAACCACACAGACCUGACGAGAAAUCUGCUAGCUUCGGUAUCGACAUAAUUAAUUGGGAUUCGAAUCCUAAUAUUCGUAGUUUAGAGAAAUUGUUUCAACUGUUUGUUAGGAUUGAUAUGGAAGACAAAAGGAGUAAGCAACAGGAUGCCAUGAUAGCAAGCAAUCGCCAUGGCAAUCUGAAGACGGUCUCCGAUGACGAAAACCUCAAGGAUGUCUUUCAUCAAAUCAGAACUACCAAAGCUCCGGUGUCGUGUUUGCAGCCAGAUUCUUCCCGCAUUUUGCAAGUUGAGUGACAAGUUCCCUAAGCUGACCUUUAUAUAUGCUGACAUUGAUGAAUGCCCGGAAACAACUCAGCACAUUCGCUACACCCCCACCUUUCAUUUUUACAGAGAUGGUGAGAGGGUGGAUGAAAUGUUUGGUACUGGUGAAGAGCGAUUGCACGACCGUCUCUGGCUGCAGUCCUGAGGAACCACCAUUUUAGAAUCCUGAGAGUUCCUAAAAUGUUCCUCGUACUAGGUUUAUGAUGUUUACCGAAACAUUGCAAUUGCCAAAUGGGUAUAUUUUGGUGAUCUCAUUAACUUAUACACUUCUUUUCUUUGACUAAUUGUUGAUGUUGUAGUGAACUAUACUGGUUUUGCUUUGAAAUCACAUUCGCUAAUAAAAGAUUUAUUCACUUUGGAAUCAAACUUCUUUGGUAAAAUAUGUAAACUUAUGAAAGAUUUAUUCACCUUUGGAAUCAAACUUCUUUGGUAAAAUAUGUAUACGUACCAAGAAUUCAAGAGCACAUCACAAGGCUGAUAUAAAGUUCAUUAUAUAAAUUCUCGUAAACUGCUCAGAAUCUUUCAUUGAUUUGGGAAAUAUAAUGAUUGUUAAUCAACAUCAACAAAUGCCCAAAGAGAUAUGCUAACAAAUCAACUGGAAACAUUAAUCGACCAAAAAAAGAAAAAAAAAAAAAAGAAAGAAAAGAAAAAGGCAAACAUAUGGUUGAAAAUAAUGAAAGAAAAUGCUCCGGACUCCUAUAAUUCGCUCAACAAGAAGCCUAAAAUUCACAUUACUUUUCUUCAGCAGACUCGGUGGAACCCGGAAAUGAAUUCAAGCGUGUAACAGGGAAGACGACUAUGUUUAUUAGUUAGCAGCAAAUUAUCACUGCCUCUGUAUCGAAUUUGCCGAGCAUUGUACUGCUAACCAACCAGCAGCUUAAGCUUUGGGUUUGAGGACCUUGACAGUCUCCCAGGUGAAGUCAGGGUCAUCACGGCCAAAAUGUCCGUAAGCAGCAGUCUUUUGAUACCUAAAGUUGCCACCUCUCAACAAGUCAAGGUUGAUGGCAAUCAUCCCAGGCCUGAAAUCAAAGUUCUCCUUGAUCAAGGCCAAGAUAUCCUUGUCUGGAAUCUUCCCUGUCUUGUAGGUAUCAACAAAGACUGAAAGUGGUUCUGCAACACCAAUGGCGUAAGAAACCUGCACAAUGCAGCGGCGAGCAAGUCCUGAAGCAACAACACUCUUGGCAGCUUGCCUAACAAUGUAAGCACCACUCCUGUCAACCUUGGUGGGAUCCUUGCCAGAGAAGGCACCACCUCCGUGAGCACCCCAUCCACCAUAUGUAUCAAUGAUAAUCUUCCGGCCGGUUAAUCCUGCAUCACCGUGUGGGCCACCAAUGACAAAGCGACCUGAUGGGUUCAGGUGGAAGAUGGUCUUCUCAUCAAGGUAUUGGGCAGGAAUGACAGGCUUGAUGACAUGCUCUUUCAAGUCAGCUGCAAUCUGGUCAUUGGUCACAGUCUCGUCAUGCUGAGUUGAGAUGAGAAC